GGAGUCGCCUGCAGGUACCGAGGUCUGGCUGAAUGAAUGAGCCGCGGAGAGUGAGCGGAUCGUGGGGCCAGGCUUCGCUUUCCUCCCGUUAACUGCUCUCGGGGGAAACAUGUGGAAGGGUCAGGGCUGCGGGUCGCUGGUUCUGGCUCUGGUCUGGCUGAUGCUCGCUGUUUGCGGCCGGGCCCGUGAGCCCAGCGCUGCCCACAAUCGGCGCCUAGCUCCUGGAAGAGGGAACCAGCGGGCAUUGCCUCUAAGUUUGAAUGUCUGUGGCAGUGGCUGCUGCAAUGGAUGGGCAUUGGGACCCCAGACCAGACAAUGCACAAAACCUAUCUGCUUCCCACGCUGUCAGAAUGGUGGAUUUUGCCAACAGCCUCAGACCUGUUUCUGUAAGCCUGGCUUUACUGGCACACGAUGUGAAAUAGUGACUGACCUUCAGCUCCCAACCAAUCCCACAACAGUUUCACCCAAGGCACAGCCUGUGCCAGUUUUGUCAAUGGGACGCAUUAGUAAGAAGCAAAAGAGGGAGAGAGCAGGAGGGAAGAAAGCAUCGAGCACUCGCUACAUUGGCCGAAAGAAGUCUACUGUCCGAUGGCAACCACUCAC